AGCACGCGCUGAGCCCGGAAGAGGCGCGGGCCAGGAACUGAGCCUACCGCUACUGCUGCAGCGCCAGGGUCCCCAUGGCUCUGUGGCGGGGCUCUGCGUGUGCAGGCUUCCUGGCGCUGGCCGUGGGCUGCGUCUUCCUGCUGGAGCCGGAGCUGCCCGGUUCGGCGUUGCGCUCGCUCUGGAGCUCGUUGCGGCUGGGGCCCUCGCCCUUGCCCCCGGGAUCUCUUUCCCCCGAGGGCCGGUUGGCGGCCGCCUGGGACGCUCUCAUCGUGCAGCCAGCCCGGCGCUGGCGCCGCGUGGCUGUAGGAGUCAAUGCAUGUGUCGAUGUCGUGCUCUCAGGCGUGAAGCUCUUGCAGGCACUUGGCCUGAGUCCUGGGAAUGGUAGAGAUCAUGCAGUUCUGCAUUCAAGGAAUGAUCUGGAAGAAGCCUUCGUCCACUUCAUGAGGAAGGGAGCUGCUGCUGAGCGCUUCUUCAGUGACAAGGAAACCUUUCAUGAUGUUGCCCAAAUAGCAUCAGAGUUCCCAGGAGCCCAGCACUAUGUAGGAGGAAAUGCAGCUUUAAUUGGACAGAAAUUUGCAGCCAAUUCAGAUUUAAAGGUUCUUCUUUGUGGUCCAGUUGGUCCAAAGCUACAUGAACUUCUUGAUGACAAUGUAUUUGUUCCACCAGAGUCAUUGCAGGAAGUAGACGAAUUCCACCUCAUUUUGGAGUAUCAAGCAGGGGAGGAGUGGGGCCAUUUUAAAGCUCCCCAUGCCAACCGGUUCAUCUUCUCUCACGACCUCUCCAACGGGGCCAUGAAUAUGCUGGAGGUGUUUGUGUCUAGCCUGGAAGAGUUCCAGCCUGACCUGGUGGUCCUCUCUGGAUUGCAUAUGAUGGAGGGACAAAGCAAGGAGCUGCAGAGGAAGAGACUCUUGGAGGUUGUAACUUCCAUUUCUGACAUCCCAACUGGUGUUCCAGUUCACCUAGAGCUGGCCAGUAUGACCAACAGGGAGCUCAUGAACAGCAUUGUGCAUCAGCAGGUCUUUUCUGCAGUGACUUCUCUUGGGCUGAAUGAACAGGAGCUGUUAUUUCUCAGCCAGUCAGCAUCUGGACCACAUGCUUCUCUCUCCUCCUGGAAUGGUGUUCCUGAUGUGGGCAUGGUCAGUGAUAUCCUCUUCUGGAUCUUGAAAGAACAUGGGCGGACUAACAGCAGAGCCUCGGACCUUACUAGGAUCCAUUUCCAUACGCUGGUCUACCACAUCCUGGCAACUGUGGAUGGACACUGGGCCAACCAGCUUGCAGCCGUGGCAGCAGGAGCUCGUGUGGCUGGGAUACAGGCCUGUGCCACCAAAACCAUAGACACCAGCCGAGUGUCUCUGAGGGCACCCCAAGAGUUCAUGACUUCCCAUUCAGAAGCAGGCUCCAGAAUUACAUUAAACCCAAACAAGCCAGUAGUAGAAUGGCACAGGGAGGGGAUAUCCUUUUAUUUCACACCAGUGUUGGUAUGUAAAGACCCUAUUCGAACUGUGGGCCUUGGAGAUGCCAUUUCAGCCGAAGGACUUUUCUAUUCAGAAGUACAUCCUCAUUUUUAGGAAGAUUGUAGCUAAUGAUAGGAAGAAAGUGGUUUGGAAAACAAGAUUCAGGGUGUCAGAACCAUUUUUAGAUCUAAUUGGGAAGAUAGCCAAAGAAACAACAGCAGAUUAAACUGUACAGAUACAUUCCAGCCUGUUGGCGAUUACAUAAAAACAUUUCAGGUUUUAAUCAAAACUUAGCUAUCUACUAACGAGACUGGAUUUUUGUUUUUUGUGUUGUGAGUUACAGGGGUUAAAAAAAAAAAAACCUCAAUUCUAAAACCCCAAUUUAUGCAGUGUUGUCAAGUAUUUUUUAAGCCAGAGUUAACUCUCAAGAGCAUGUCAGCCAGAGAAAGUCUUUCUCUCCUUGCUUACUAGAGGACUGCUUCAUUACUCACUCACCACCGUGGGCUCUGGUAAAGCCCGAUGUGAGAUUCUUGGGUCUCUCAGCUUACCACUUGCAGCAGAAUCAAGACUUCCAUUCAGUGUUACAGCGACAGUAUUUAAUGAGCAUAUCUUCUCAGUCUCCUGUUCUCAAACUUAGGUCAGAGCCACGGGUAAAGACAAGACAGUCCCACCUUGGAGCCUUGGUAAGCCUUUGAGCCAUUCAUUCUCUUGUUUGGAACCCUUGGUGGCAUUGUGAGCUGAAGGACUGUGCCUUUCUGCCUUGGCUCCCUGUAUUGUAGACUGGCUGAUCAAAGGCUCCUGUGGCUUGGGCAUUGCCUCAUUGCCCAGCUCUGGAUAUGCUUCCUGCAACAGAAGACUAAUAUUUGUUCUUUCUCAGCCUUGAAGGAAUUUGCUUUUACAACUGGAAUUUGCUUCCAUCUCUUAUGUAUAAAAGAUCAUGUAUGUCUUACGUUUUCAUUGACACAUUCAUUAAAGAGUUUGACCUCGUAAGAGCGCCAGGAUCAUGAAUAAAUUUGUCAUGUUAUAUAUUUAUUUUUUUAUAAACCAGGACCUCUGUGUGCUUUUAAAAAUAUUAAAAACAAUUUACAUUUCAGGAA